UUAUCAAUAUCCCUGAACAGGACUUUAUGCAAGAGCGUAUUAGUGGGGGAUGCUGACACGUUAUUAUAUAGUUAUCCUCAAAGUUCAGGUUUCAGUUUCACCCUGUGUCACAGAUCAGUGCUUCUCUACUUCCAAUAUGAAAUUCCUGAUGUGCAUGUGUUUGAUGGUGGGUGUCGCACUGGCGAUGCCAGGCAGUGAAAAAAAGGAAGUCAAGGAGGUGAAAGAGGUGAAGGAGACCAAGAAGGUGGACAAACGUGGUCUUCUUGGUUUGGGGAUCGCCGGACACGGACUUGGAGGAGUAGGACUAGCCGACGGUUUGGCCAUUGGUGCUCCAUUGGGUGUCGGUGCCAUCGGCGCUGUCGGCGCUCCGCUUGGUGUGGGUGUAGGAUUGGGUGGAGCCGUAGUUGGCGGAGCUAUUGAUUUGGGUACCCAUACCCACACUCACACGACGCUGACCAGAAACAUAGGAGUCCCAGUGCCACAGCCCGUCCCCGUUCCUGUCGACAGACCAGUUCCUGUACCACUGCCCGUCAGAGUGACUGUGCCAGUCGACAGACCGAUUCCAGUUUCCGUCCCACACCCAGUUCCAGUACCGAUCGAUAGACCGGUGGCCGUCCCAGUAGAUCGUCCCGUUGCCGUACCGGUACCACAGCCCAUUGCCGUGCCAGUACCGAAACCCGUUGGUGUGCCGGUGGCUGUACCCCAUCCAGUACCAGUGUUGAAACCGGUCGGAGUACCAGUUGCGCACCCCGUACCGGUAGCGACGAAGUUAAUCUCUGCACAUGGUGGUCUCUGGUGAAAACUUUGAGGUUUUCAUUUCAGGGAUUAAGAAUGUAUGAGUAGAAUAUGUAAAUUAAGAGAAAUUUAUUAAAUAAAUGUUUAAUAAAUCA